UAUACCACAUCAUCUCUUAAUUCUCUCUUUCUCCUUACUUUCAUUUGCUUUCCUUCAAAACAACAACAUAAAAAUAUAUUUCUAUAAAAAGUAUAAUAUUGGUAAGCUAGUUAAUUGUUAUAGUUCACAAAUAGAAAUAUAAUGGCUCUUCCCAUAAGCGAUGAAUUCGGGAAAACUCUAAGUGAUGCCUGGGACUACAAAGGCCUUCCUGCGAAUCGCUCUAAGACUGGCGGUUGGAUCCCUUCCGCCAUGAUUUUAGGUGUUGAAACAUGUGAAAGGUUGAUAACUUUAGGGAUUGCAUUCAACCUGGUGACGUACUUAACUGGAGUUAUGCAUUUAGGGAAUGCUACAUCUGCUAAUACUGUCACCAACUUCCUUGGUACCUCCUUCAUGCUCUGUCUCCUCGGUGGCUUCGUUGCUGACACCUUUCUCGGCCGGUACUUGACCAUUGCUAUCUUUGCUACAGUUCAAGCUCUGGGUGUGACAAUCUUAACAAUAUCAACUAUAAUCCCGAAUCUACGUCCACCCGCAUGCCCGGAGAAUUCCACAACAUGUGUUCAAGCCAAUGGAACUCAGCUAGGCGUUCUUCACCUAGCACUCUAUUUGACUGCCUUAGGAACGGGUGGUCUUAAAUCGAGUGUAUCUGGUUUCGGAUCAGAUCAAUUUGAUGACAAGGACAAAGAUGAAAGAUCAAUGAUGACAACAUUUUUCAAUUGGUUUUAUUUCAUAGUCAGUUUUGGUUCACUAGCAGCAGUUACAGUCUUGGUUUAUAUUGAAGAUAAUUUGGGAAGACAAUGGGGUUAUGGAAUAUGUGCUUGUGCUGUUGUCGUCUGCAUUAUUUUCUUCCUUUUGGGUACUAAACGAUACCGUUUUAAGAAGCUUGCCGGUAGCCCUCUAUCUCAAAUAGGCGCAGUAUUUGUCGCUGCUUGGAAAAAGAGAAAGAUACAACUUCCUGCUCAUUCGUCCCAACUUUUCAACAUUGAUGACUUGGCAGAAACUAGUGUUAAAUCUAAGCAAAAACUCCCUCAUAGCAAGCAAUUCAGGUUCUUGGACAAGGCAGCCAUAAAGACAGGUGAAAUGGGAGAAGACUUAGCCACAGUAAGCAAAUGGGACUUAACAACACAAACAGAUGUAGAAGAGGUGAAAAUGAUAGUAAGAAUGCUACCAAUAUGGGCAACAACAAUAGAGUUUUGGACAGUACAUGCACAAAUGACAACAUUUUCAGUGUCACAAGCUGUAACAAUGGACCGUCAUAUAGGUGGGAAAUUCCAAAUACCACCAGCAUCAAUGACAGCCUUCCUAAUUGCAAGCAUUCUACUAACGGUCCCUAUUUAUGACCGUCUAGUUGCUCCAAUAGCAGCCCGGUUGUUUAAAAACCCACAAGGUUUGUCCCCACUUCGUCGUGUUGGUGUUGGCUUAUUCCUUGCUACUGUUGCAAUGUCUGUUGCUGCCCUUAUUGAGAUCAAAAGGGUUAAAGUUGCAGAAUCACAUGAAUUGGUACAUGAUCCAAAUGCAAUACUACCAAUAUCUGUUUUCUGGUUAAUUCCACAAUUUAUAUUAACUGGUGCUGGAGAAGCAAUGAUAUAUGCAGGUCAACUUGAUUUUUUCUUAAGAGAAUGUCCAAAGGGAAUGAAGACUAUUAGUACAGGCUUGUUUUUAAGCACACUUUCCUUAGGUUUUUUCUUUAGUACAAUACUAGUUUCGUUAGUCAACUCUCUAACUGCACAUUCUAAACCAUGGUUAGCAGACAACCUUAACGAAGGACGCCUUUACAACUUCUAUUGGCUAUUGGGAAUCAUAAGCUUGAUUAACUUUGUAGUCUUCUUGUUUUGUGCAAAAUGGUAUAUGUACAAGGACAAGUGGCUUGCUGCUGAAGGAUUUGAAGUUGAAAUGGAUCAAACUCCAGGACCAAGCUGCCAUUGAUGAUUCAUGAUUCAUGAUUCAUGAUUCAUGAUUGAUGAUUGAUGAUUGAUCAAUAUCAUAUCUUGUGCAAUGUGCAUGUGCAUGUGCAUGUGUUUUUUUGUAACUAUUAUCGAUCUCUUUCUUUCUAAGAAAGAAUUCAUACAAAGGUACAACAAAUAGGAUAAGACAUAAUUUUGUCUAUGGCCAAAACACAUUUCAGCUCGUAACUCGUAACUCGUAAGAGCAGCUUCAAUAAGGGGCCUUCUUGUAUCAUACACAAAUUUUCAAUAUACAACUCUUUUUUCUCUA